AUGUCUCAAUCUUAUGAAAAUUAUGAUAACUGCGAAUCCUGUGGAAAUAUGUUUGAAAAAUUGUGUCUGUUAGAAAGCAAAGACAAGAAUUAUUACUGUAUGGAUUGUUUUAAAAGAAAAUUUACCAAAGAUAAAUAUUCCGAGAAACCCAGGAAAAUGGCAAUGUUUUUUAAAAAUAAUAGGUUUAUUCCAAACCCUGAACAUCAUGUUGAAAAAAUUGUUCCCAAAAAAUCGACGUCGGUUUUGAGUAUGAAAAAAAGUUGCAGUACUAUGUCUCUUUCAAAAAGACCUCUUCAGUGUCCUCAUGGAGUAUGCAGCAGAUUCGUCUCAAUAACGACCCUUUCAUCCCACUUUAAAUACGAACAUCCCAUGAUUCAACAGUCAAAUUCCCCGUUGGAUAAUCGAAUGAGCAUGUCUUUCACACCUACUGAGAUCAGAUACGAUUUGACCACUUGUUUAAGGGUCAUAACCAUCACGGACCUGGAUUUGAACAACAUCAUUCCUAACAAUUCGAAAUAUGAUUUUAAUUUCCCCAAAGAACUUGACAGCUCGAUACCAGUUUUCUUCCUUCUUGCAAGAAGAAUACCAGCGUAUCACAUAAAAAACCCAGACGAAAAUAUCCAUGACAUCCUAGAAUCUUACGAGGAUGAUGAAAAAAAACUGGAUUUUUUUAAAGCAGGCGACAAAAUAAUCCUUUGGAUAGCCUGCAACAUACCCGGAGCUAAACUGAGCUACACCAUAGCAGCAUCCACUAUAUCAAACGAUAUACGGUUAAAGUAUUACGGUCCGUUACUGAGUAUCUCUAACCAUAGUCCUGCGGAACUUUGCAAGACUGCCAAUUGUUUAAUAAUAAGUCACUGGCAUUGCUAUAAAUUUAUUGGGGGCGGGGCAAGAGAUGUGCCUGUGGAUGUUGUGAUACAUGAGGAUUAA